GACACGCAUUCUGCAACUGGAUGGACGUGAUAACGCGUAAACAGGCUCUACAACUUAGACCCGCCCCGAUCUGUUGAACAAGGAAGCAUUUCUCGUGGCGCUGGGAUAAACAAACCACGACAAAAAAAUACUAAACUUUGAAAUUACUCGACAUCAAACACUGGCAAUCUAUGCGUGAAUGCGCCUGUUAAUCACCUCCGGGGGACAACAUUGGUUACCUGUUGCAUAUUCAUCGCUGCAUCUUUUACGCUCAGACUCAAAUCAGAGCUCUGAGUAGCCAAGAUUGGAGAUGAGCGGGAUGACCAAACCGAACUCUGACAGCGCGUACACCAACUACAUUUUCACCUGUGCCGUUGUAAUUGCCAUGGUGGUGACGGGAGAUGCGCACAUCGCCGACGACCUUGGUCGCAAUAGAUCCGUGGUGACGGUGAAGGAACUGUCUGCGUUACCUACUUCGAGGGAUAUAGUGGUACAGGAGGGAAGCAGCACCGUCAUAGAAUGCAAUGUGACUGGAAGUGAAAACAGUAUUUUAUGGUACAAUUCAAAGGGCCACAUGCUUGAGGAGGAAGAUGGAAAAUGGCUGAUACAGGACAAGGGAAUCCUAAACAUCACCACAGUGACAUUUGAGGACCGGGGCAGGUACACAUGCAUCGCCUCCAGCUCCCAAGGCACAUCCAACUACACCAUCACUCUGCGGGUGGCCUACACCUCCAGCGGCCUGGGCAGCGGCCUGGGGCUCUACUACGUAACGGUCUGCCUGGUGGCCUUCACGGUCACCAUGAUCCUGAACGUCACCCGCCUCUGCAUGGUCAGCACGCACCUGAAGAAGACCGAGAGGGCCAUCAAUGAGUUCUUCCGCACCGAGGGGGCCGAGAAACUGCAGAAGGCCUUUGAGAUCGCCAAGCGCAUACCCAUCAUCACCUCGGCCAAGACCCACGAGCUGGCCAAGGUCACCCAGUUCAAGACCAUGGAGUUUGCGCGGCACAUUGAGGAGCUGGCCCGGAGCAUCCCCCUGCCUCCGCUCCUCCUCAACUGCAUUUCAGAGACUGACCACAAUCCUGAUUUGAAAGCAGAAACGGGAGCAGAGACCAGGGAGCAGCCAGCCAUAGGUCCUGCAGCAGCCCAUGGGGAAGGUGAGGGGAAGCAGGUGGCGGCAGUGGCUUGCAGUGCGGCUCCACUUGAUGGACCACCAAAGUCAGGCACUUCUCAGGAGGAACCGGGGUGUGGGCAGCCGUUGGUGGUGAACAGCAUGGACGUACAGGUGUUUGUCCACCCUGUCAGCAGUGGCGAGGAUGCUACGGUGGCUGGACAGGAUAGUGAGGAGGAGGAGGUCAGGGUGCCCAUGUUACAAGCUGAGAGUACGUGCUGAUCACAAGGUGGAUGUUGAGGGGAAGACAUAGAUCCUCCACAGUGGAGAUCCUUUUGAGGUCACAAAUAUAAACGAGUGCUUACAUUUGGGGGGAAUAAGAUGUAGAUGUGGUAAGCCUGAGUGAUUGGGGCUAUAUGUUUACACAGUGGAGGGCCACUGUCUGUGGAGACAGUGACUUUAAAUGUAUGGGAUUUCUUGGUUGCAGUCAAUAAUGGGAAUAAAUGUGUACUUCAAGUAGGUUUGCCAAUUGUCUCUAGUUGGCAUGACUAGCUGUGAUACAACAAUGCAAUGUGUGAUGUAUUAUUUUACAGUUUUUCUCGAUUGCCUACACACAAUUUUCGGAAUCGGUCCUCGAAUUCUCAAAACUCUACACACAAAUCUACAAACCUCACACACAACGGGCCAAACUCUUCACUACCUCUGAAAAAUGCACGUCUUGUCUCAAAACAAUGUACUCUCUUCUAAAAACCUCAUUUUGUCGUCGAAUGACACACACAGACAGUCACUACAAUACACAUUUGCAGACCCAUUAAAACACUGUUGGGCACAGGGUAAAACUAAUUUCUCCCACUAACUUGGGCUUUUUUUGUUCUGGAUUGCAUGGAUACUGUGACAUAAGUUGGAAAAACUUCAUUCCCACAACACACAAACAGAAACAGAAAGAUUUUUAUUUCUUUUUCACAAAAACAACACAAAGAUAAACCCCACUGCCUAUUUGGCAGUACAAAAAACCUAUUACA